AUGGAUCAGUUGAUACCCCUUUUCUUAAAGGCGACGGCGCCUCAGACGCAGAAUUCCCAGAUAUGUCGCUGGAAUCCGGAUCCGAUACCUCGAGCAGAAUCACCUACUCUUCCUCUUCCUUCAAAAUCGACAUCACGCCCCCGUCGACGCCCAGGUCCAGUUACUGAUCUUACCAUUGUCCCUUAUACUGCUAGUGAGUGGUUAAAAGUCAUGGAGGAAGUCAAGACUUUGUAUUAUAAGCAACAGUACAGGCAGUGCUCGGCACGCUGUAAGCAGAUUUUAGAAACCAUCAGAGAUCCGUAUCGAGUACAUCCUCUUUACUCAAUCUAUCUGUGUUUCUUUGCUGCUUCCUCUUUGGAGUUAACAGCGCGCUCACUUCACAACAACUCUUCAUUGAAGUUACCCCUGCUCCAGGAGUCACUCACCUAUUACCGGAAAGCUCAAUCAUACAUGGAAUUUGCAGCUUUCGCAACCAACCCAGAUAUCAUCCACGCUUCAAGUCACAAAUCACACUCAAGCAUGUCCUCAUCCAUCCGGUCAAGCGUGGAAUCAGUAUUCUCAGAAACUAGCAACUCCUCAGUCGCCUCUUCAAUACUCGACUCCCCAACCAGCACCGACACCCCAGAACUCAAACGCCAAAACUCCACCUCCUCAAUCCUCAAACCAGCACCACUAAGAACAAACAAAAAAAGAGUCUCCUUCCUUCUCACCUCUGAGCCCACCAUCCCCGACUCCCAAAACGGCGGCAUCAUGACCGCCGAAGACCUGCUCGCCCGUUUCCCCUCACCACCAACCCACGACACCCUCUCCCCAACCAUCAUCCCCCAAAACUACGCAGCACUCACCACCUACAACCCGCCCCCUUCUCCAACCUACCCAUUGCCCUCCCCGUCACCCUCACACAUCUCCGCCCGAGCCCUAGCACGCUACAAAUCGCAUCUCACAUCCCUAAAAUCCCAACUCGAAUACCACGCCGCCUCGACGACGGCUCAAAUCCACACACUAAGCACCAUCCGUCGCGCCCGCCGCUCCAAUGGCCCAGAUCUAUUCUCGCAAUCUCCAAGUACAUCUCCAACCUCACCUACAACGGCGACACAGCCAACAGCAACACUCGCUCUAGGUCUGGGUCUGACGCCCGAAACAACGUCGAGCUCACAUACCCUCACAUCACGCAUCCAGCGGCUUAAACAGCGGAAUUGGCUACGUCCUCGCUUCAAUGCCGUACGGUACCAAGACCUAUGCGACCGAGCGAUUGCUGAGUUGGAUGAUGGUGGAUGGCAUCACUGA